CACACCGACUGCAGCGUGUGUGGUUAACGAGCAGCCCAGUGAAUACACACAAACAAGAGGAAUCACACAGAGAGCUGGGGUACUUUAGAUGCAGAUGUGGGGGCUUUAAGCAAAGAAGGGCUGUAGUGCUGGAGGGCUCAAGUAAACCUUUGCAGAGCAUUUUUAUUCAUUCAAGUAAAGAAGAAAAAAAAGAGUACUUUUGACAAGUCAAAUUUGAUAGAAAGCUUGUUAUUGUUUUUAUUUUUUUGUAUUUUUUUAUUUGUAUUAUUAUUUUUUUUUACUGGAAUGAACCCCAGUUUUAAUCCUUUAAUCCAAAACCAAAAAAAGUGACACUUUGUUGAACAUUUGCAAGAACCUGCAAGCAUGUUGCGCUUCUCCUGCCUCUGCCUUUUCAUUUGGCUACUCGAGUCGAGCUCGAGUCAAGUGAAACAGGACGUGGACGUGCUCGUGCUCCUGCCUCGAAACAACUCGUACAUGUUCUCGGUCGCGAGGGUCCGACCCGCCAUCGAUUACGCGCGGCAGCAGCUGGCGCGCGGGCCCCUGGCCGGACUCAAUUUCACCGUGCACUAUGUGAACUCCGAGUGCGGCGUGGACGCGCUUUACGCGCUCGUGGACCGCGCGCACAGCCAGCGCCCCGACCUGAUCCUCGGUCCCGUGUGCGAGUACGCCGCCGCGUCCGUGAUCCGCGUGGCGUCGCACUGGAACAUCCCGGUCAUCUCGGCAGGUGCCCUGGCGUCCGGCUUCAGCGAGAAGAGCUCCGAGUACGCGCUGCUCACGCGCACCGCGCCGAGUUACCUGAAGAUGGCCGAGACCUUCUCCACGAUGUCGCAGCGCUUCGGCUGGAAGAGCGUCUACCUGAUCUACCUCGACGACAAGGAGGAACGCAACUGCUUCUUCACCAUCGAGGGCGUCCACGCGCUCCUGGAAGGCCAUCACGACAUCUUCGUCUCGAUGAUGGAUUCCAGAGAGCCGCUCGCGUACAUGGACGAGAUCGUCAAGUCCAUACGCGAGCACGAAGUGGUAAUCAUGUGCACACAUACCAAUGUGGUGAGGGAGAUCAUGCUGGUGGCCCACAGAGAGAGACUGACCACCAGUAACAGGCUCUUCUUCAACAUUGAGCUAUUCAACUCCUCCUCCUAUGGCGAUGGAUCUUGGAGGAGAGGAGACAAACAUGACAAUGCGGCCAAGGCUGCCUACGCUUCUCUGAAUACAGUGACACUACUGAGGUCAACCAAGCCCGAGUUUGAGAAUUUCUCACUGGAAAUUAAAAAGUCCUUCGAGAGCAUGGGCGCCGAAGUUUGUGAAGGCUGCAAUAAUGUAAACAUGUUUAUGGAGGGUUUCCAUGAUGCGUUACUACUGUAUGCGCUUGCCUUGAAUGAGACUAUCCAUAGUGGCCUUAAUAAGGAGAAUGGAAAGGAAAUCACACGCCGAAUGUGGAAUAGAACGUUUGAAGGGAUUGCAGGCCAGGUGUCUAUAGAUGCCAAUGGUGACAGAAACGGAGAUUUCUCUGUUAUAAGCAUGACAAACCAUGAAACUGGAACGUAUGAGGCCCUCUUGAACUACUUUGGCACUAAUGGAAGUUUUGAGCUCCUGCCUGGGUUUAACAGUGAACGGUUCACUCUGCGUGGAGAUUUAAGGCCAGAACAAUCAUCAGGUGGACUAGGCUUAUCAGCAGUGACUGGAAUCAUAGUUGGCGGACUUCUGGGAAUGGCACUACUUAUGGCGUUCUACUUUUUUAGAAAAAAUUAUAAGAUAACCAUUGAAAGGAGGGCACGGCGGGAACAAUGUGAUGGAAAACAUCGCCAGUUACGAGAGGACUCCAUCAGAUCCAACUUCUCAACAGCAUAGGUUAACACAUAAACACCCAAAUGGAAGUGCUGGGGACGGUGUGUAUCAGAUAUGUCCAAAGACUCAAUAAACACCACCCCUGGAUUCCUGAAAUAUUUCAAAACAUACUGUAGUGUUUUUUUUUUUCUUGUAAAUGUCUCUUAUUUUUGACUUUUGCAAACUCAGGAAAGUUUAAUUAAGGAAAGCUGCUCAUAAGGCUUCAUUGAGAAAAAAAAAAAGGGUUGGUCUGUUUUUGCUUACCUACAGACUUUGUGCCUUUUAAGCAAGCUAGCUUUGAUAAGGAAUUUGUCCCCUGUUUCAGCAAGUCAAGUGAAUUCUUGGGUUGUUGGAGACUGCCAGUGAUGAAUUAGGGGCAUCUCAGUGGUCCGGAUGAAUAGAGAGGAAGUCAUAAGUUGAAGAUGGACUAUUCUUUUAUUCAUGCCUCAUUAACAUUAAGGUGAGGGGUGAACAUUUAGCUAUUCUCUCAUGGUUCAUGGGAGUGUUGGACAGGGACACUAAUCAACAUUAUAUUGAUUUGAGUUAAGACAGAAGGCUCAUGUACAGUAUGGUUAUCAUUUGUAAAUCUGAGAGUAGCACAUUUUACACAUUGAAAAAGUGGCUAAAAAUCUAAACACUAGAAGCCAAUCUGUGAGGUGUUUGGGGAAAAGCGGCUAUUAGAAAAAAAAUAACAGAAUUCCUCAACAAAAUCUUUUUGGAUAAAGCUAUGUUUAUAAGGAAAAUUUAUAUUGCACAUGUAAAUGGAUAAAAAAAAUCAUAUCUGUAUCUAAAUUUUAAUAUGUCAGGAAAUGGUCAUUAGUACACUUUCAGAUUCAUAUAAAAUAUAUAUUUUUUCAUUGUGUCACAUACUCUGUUAAAGUAUGAGAUGCACAUGAAAACCUCUUUUAAAACUUUGUGCAAAUGCAUAUACUAGGACUAUUCAAAAUUAAUGUAAUGGCAACUGUAUACUGAUGUAAGUAAAUUGAUCAACAUAAGUUUGUGAUUGCGAUGUUAUUUAUUGAUUUUUUUUUUUUUGUAGAGGUUUUAAUUUUUUAAUUGUUGAUUUUAAUAUUGUUUUUUCUUUUUCUUUUGUGGAACUCAAAAAUGAUUUUGUAAAGAAAAAAAAUUUAUCUGCAUUUUUUUAGAGCACAUUUUGCUUGAUAACUGUGUACAUGGCUUUGUAAACAAACCUAGUCAGAAUUGUAAGUUAUUUAUAUUACCAGUACAUACUGACCAAUAAAAAAAAUUAUUUUAACCA